UUCGUAUCCACGGGGAUGUUUAAACAUUCCAAUGUGAUUAUGGAAAAACGAUAUUCCUGGUUAUUGCUAACAUGUCGACAAAGUCACUGCAGACUGGAAGAUCGCCUGUGUAAUGUCGAGUGCGAAGAAAUCAAUUGAUACACAAUAACUCGUCAUGGUGCUAUUGAACAAUUAACAUAGUGAGAAUAUAAAAAACAUGUUCCCCAGCAGAAGGUCGUAUGACGUUAUCGGGAUGAUUCUUGUUUUGUGUAUCUUUGCUAUCGUGCAUCAGGUCUCAGGAAACUCAUUGACUUUUGAGUUGGAAGACAGGUCUGGCCAAUGUUUUUAUGAGGAGUUUUCUAAGGGUGAUAGCUUUACCCUAGCGUUCAACGUAAUAUCCGGUGGGAAUUACGAUGUGGACAUGGUACUUAAAGAUCCUAGCAAAAAUGUCCUUAAAUCGCUUCACCGUUCAUCUUCUGAGGAAGUCAAUAUCGAUGUUUCAGUGGACGGUAUUUAUAAGGUUUGCUUUAGUAAUUAUUUCUCUUCUAUAUCUCACAAAAUUGUGUCCAUGACAUGGCGCAAUUCCAGUUUCAAUCCUUCAGAAAGCACAUCAUCUUUAGAUCACAGUACCCAGAUUUCAGAGAGUUUAUAUAAUUUACACGCAACAGUUUCCAAGGCUCUAACUCAGCAAUUUGAAAGUCGUAUACUUUUAGUACGAUCUUAUUCAAAUGCCAUUUUCCUUCAUAACCGUGUACUGUAUUGGUCAUUAGGUCAAGCAUUAGUUAUUAUUUUAUUUGGAAUUGGUCAAGUCAUAGUUAUGCGAUCGUUCUUUUCAUCUCCAUCAAAUCAACGAUCUGCAAAGCACAUUCCCAUGUCUACUCCACAACUGCAUACAGUUGGUUUUUAAUAAUUUUUUGUCAACUGAUCUCCUUUAUCAUUGAAAUAUAGAACUUCCUUCUGUAUUGAAAGUUUCCUUUUGGAAUAUGUGAUAUAUAUGUAUAUAUAUACAUAUAUAUACAUAUAUAUACAUAUAUACAUAUAUAUACAUA